GCAUCACUCCCCUCGUACAAGCUGUACUCAAAACCUCCAGCGGAGCCGCAUCGCUGUGUAUGCCGAGCUGACUGGGAGGAGGUGGGAUCUAGUACUGGUGGUAGUGGGCUGUGUGAACGUGUAGAGCGGUGCAGAUUGCGAAUCACAAUUCCCUCCGCAUAACGACGAAUUUUUUAAGGGGGGAAAUCACUAAUCCGGGGAACUCCUUCCAAACACAUCCAUCCACCACUUUCUUCAUUUAUAGAAGGAGUGUUUUUUGUUUCCAACUCAGACCCAGCGAGGUUCCCGUUAACCACAGCCUGGAUUUGGUCAACAUCUCAGGCGGGGGGGGCUGUGUGAUGAAGUCGCCCUACAGCCGGGGUCUGGUUACGCUAAAAUAAGGUUUUUCUUUUUGUUGCUAGGACACUUUUCGCUAACGCGUUUUUUGUUGCUAGGACACUCUUUGCUUAUCCGUUUGGCUCCAUUUUUCAAAGCCUCCUCGCACGCCGAGUGUGUGAAGAAAUACACAGCAGAAGGGCAUAGCUUCUACUGGGCUGAGAGACCCGCUGAAUAUCCAUGAGCUCCGAUUUCCCGCACUACAGUUUCAGGAUGCCAAAUAUAGGUUUUCAGAAUCUUCCCCUCAAUAUCUACAUUGUGGUGUUUGGGACAGCCAUCUUUGUCUUCAUCCUCAGCCUCCUCUUCUGCUGCUACCUAAUAAGGUUACGGCACCAGGCACACAAAGAGCUUUAUGCAUACAAACAAGUCAUUCAGAAGGAAAAAGUCAAAGAGCUAAAUUUGCAUGAGAUUUGUGCGGUGUGCUUAGAGGAGUUCAAACAGAAAGACGAGCUGGGGAUUUGUCCAUGCAAACAUGCCUUUCAUAGGAAGUGCCUCAUUAAGUGGUUGGAGGUGAGGAAAGUGUGCCCGCUGUGCAACAUGCCCGUCCUGCAGCUCGCCCAGCAGGCCGGCAGCAUGGAGCCCCCUGUGCCAAUACAGCAGCCUCUACCCGGCAUCGAGAACCUGGUGUAGCAGACUCUCUCAUAGUACACUACAGACACACACAGACACACACCCCAUCACUCACAGCCUCACCUGUACAGUUACACAUUACUACGAAUCUGUGGAUAGAGCGGAGCAACUGGAGCUCAUGCGCAGACACAAAAACUGCCAUCGUCACCGCUCCUAUCCUUGCAUUGGUUUACAAAAAAGGAUUUCCUGAUAUCAGAUCUGAGUGAUUAUCAACUGUUUUCAUGUUUUUUCUUUCGCGGACAAUGAAGAAGAGUUGAUCUUAAAGAGGUUUACUUCUUGGCCAAGAUGUGGUCGAUAACUUUUCUCAACCAAAGCACUUUUCUGGGGACACCAGCUAAAGACCAGGAGGAAAAAGAAAAAAAAGCCAAGAAUUACAAUACACUAAAAUAUAUAAAAUGUUUGAUUCUUUUUAACAAGCACUUUACGAGAAGGCAAACGUUUAUUGCUUGUGAUCCUAGAAGCAAGGUUGUGUUUUAUUUUUUAUCAUUAACUAUUAUUUUUGUGUAUUGUACAGAGCCUUAUGGGUUUUCAUUUUUAUUUUGUCAAUUAUAAAACAAAUCUCAAAGGGACAACAAUACCUAUGUCAGUAAAUAGAUGUCAGGAAACAAUGCUUUUAGUUGCAAAAACACAUGAGAAAUUUGACUCAAAGCAACCUUGAGAAAUGUGAAAGGUUUGAAUGUGUUGAAACGCAGAACUCACACGAAGCCUAUUGAACUCGUUCCCUCGUCGCCUGUUUAUUAUUUUUUACCAUGUGACUAUUUUUUUAUUAUUAUUUUAAACGGGAAGGUGAAACAGUAAACAAGUUGUAUUUUCAUUAAAGGAAUUCACCAGAUUACAUCCCAUAACAUACAAGUGCUGUCAAGCAAGUGCAGGCUGUAUGUAGUCACCCCAUACAUUACUCAGAAAAACAAUUAAGCCUCUCCGACAGAACAUCACAGUUUCAAUGUAACUGCUUUAACUACGUUACUGUGUUUAUCUCAACCAGUAUUAGUGUGUAAAUACAGGUGCUUUAUCUACAAAACUGUCCCACAGAACAAACACCAUUAAUGAGGCAAUAUUACACAAAGAUCUACAACUUGUAACAUAAAUGUUCUGGUUUCAUUUUGCUCUGCUGGCCGCAUCAUUUUACUUUAUCGAAGAUGUGCUAUGUUAAUGUUACAGUGACAUGCUUCAGAUAAAGGAGACACUUCACAAAACAACAAAUGGCUAGCAUGUCAAGUUGAUUUAUCUCAAAUGAUCCAGAAAGCAAAUUAUUGAUAAUUCCAUUUAUUAAAGACCAGGAUGAGGUAGACACUGCUGAUUCAGCUCCCUCUUAAAAUGUGCUCCCAAUAUAUUAUUUGUAUUUAUUUUAGUAUUUAUUGCAAUCUCUUGGUACAGCUGGAUUGAGUAUAUGAGGUUGCAGUUUGAUACCUGCAUCAGAGUUACUGCCCUCAGCAGAACAUCAGCAUAUCUUUUGGUCAAGAUAAACACUAUUUGUAACACACGCACACAAACACACACACACACAGGGAGGGGGUCGAGCUGCCACACAGCCAUUUGUCAGCAGGUUUUUAAUGAAGCAGCAUUUUCAUUCAUACACACACACACACACACACACACACACACACACACACACACACACACACACACACACAUAAAAAGGGUAGUAGGUUUUUUUUGGCUGCAGCAUUCUGGUGCUUUCGCCCCUCUCCCUCUUUCUGUACGGUACAGAGUGCUUUUUCUUUUGUGCCAAACACACAGUAACUCUGAGCCCCGCCAGCUUUUGUGGGUCUGUUUUUGUUCUCAUCCUUUGUUAGCUGCAUCUGGUAAAUGGGUUGGAGGUAAUUGUGCUGAUCUUUAAAAAGAAUAAAAGCUGUGUGUCAGAGUGAUGGACCUAAGAUGAGCUGGUGUAUUACAUUGAAUAAUUACAAUUAUACAUUCUCAAUAUUGGCACAAUGUAAAAAAAAAAAUACUAUAAAAUGUGAAAUACAUUAGAUAAUAUUUAGAUCAAGUUUAACAAUGUGCUCUGGAGUUAUAAAAGAAACAUAACUGAUGGAAAAUAAUCAACGCAAACGGCUUAUAUUUUAAAUUCUGAUUGUUUUAUAAACACACCAACAUUUGAAUGGGCCUUUCACAACUCAAAUUAGACUUCAUUCCCUAACAUAAAACACUGUCUCAGACAGAGUUGCGCAGGUUCCCUUUCCAUGGAUGGGUUUAAAAAGUGACAGUAUGUUUCACUUCCUGAUGCAGCAGAGCUCUGUGGGUUGAUAUGUAAUCUCUGCGGAACGUCUGCCCACAUCCCACAGUGUUGAACUUUGUGGAGCAAGCAGCAAGAUGACAUGUCAACUGUAAGAUGAUAGCAAAAGCAGGAUUUUUCUAUCCUGUUAUUAGUCCUUGAUCCAUGCCAUUAUCACGGUCCAAUUCACUGACACUAACGCAUCACUAUGCACCCUCUGAGGAUAAACAAGUGACAUUAUCAUCAUACAUUUUCAGGCAUCUAAAAUUCAAAACAAUUGUCCACAUAAGCCUUAUUUGAACAAAACCUGCCAGACUUACAAAAACAAAGGAAUCAAAGUCGUUGACUUUGAAAUGAAGAGGUUGUGGCUUUAUGUUGGAACAUAUAAGCAACAGUAUUUGGUACCUUUUUUGCUUCUUUAUUUUAAGACGAAGCUGCCACUGUUUCUCUUAUCUCACUGGAAAUUUCCCAGUAUUAUAACCAGAGUCUUUCUGCCACUGUCCCUGAACAACAAGAUAUUUUGUAGCUCAAUCAGAUAACACAGGUCUUAAACGGUGUUGUCUUGGAAUGUAAAGUCCACGAUAGAGAGACGGGAUGAGAGAUUUAAUGUGAAAGCAUGCUUUUUUUUUUGCAUAGUCAAGUUGCCACUGAUAUCACCAUUGUUAAGUGUAUGUAGACAGUGGUAUCAGUAGUAGUGUAUUUAUAAAUAAGGUGCAAAAAAGUAAUCCUUCAUAUAAAAUAAAUGGCAGCUGAGCACUUCCUGCCAUUUGGCCAUCUUAAGUGUUGUGUUUGAUUGUAAACACCUAUAGCCUUUCCACCUGAACGUCCCUUUGACCUUCAGGUUUGCCGUCCUAAUGCCACACAAAUCAAAGUGCCAACCAAAAAAGGAAUGAUUAUGGUUUCAAGUCUUAGCCAAUGAUAAAGAUUUUUUCAAAAUGUUGAAAGAAAAAGAAACGGGAAGAGUCUCUGUCACAUAAAAAAGGAAAGUGAGCCAGCCAUGAAUAUAGCAUUAACAGUCUUCCCACCUCUGGAUUCACGAUUGACGUCAGCGCUGCUUCUGAGUUAACAUUAUUAUAAAUAGAACAGCCACAAUCCUUUUAAAAGACGACGUCACAGCUUCACAUCAAAAAUGUACUCGGAGUAGAAAGCGCCAGAAUGAUGGCCUCAGAAGUCCAUGUUGUGGAAGAAAAAGACAAAACUCUACUGUUUUAUUAAGCGAUAUAAAUGAGGGGUUUCAUUAUAUUUCCACGGUUGGUUUUAGCAACCACACCAUUGAGGAUUUGUAAUCUCUAUCACUGCCUCCCUGAAGUGAACUGUCCUCCUGUUUUUAUUGUGUUAUUUAUUCCUCUGAAGCUCUUGUAGUGCCCUCUCAACUCACAAACAAACUUCCCCCUCUUUGUCCAACGAACCCUCCCACCUUUACCAGCGUACCUGGGCAACCCUCCCCACCCCCCCACACAACCCUUUUUGUUAACACUGAUUAUGUUUGUGGACUCUCACAGACAUUGUUUGUAAAACUAAGAAUUCUGCAGCAGAAUAUUUUUGGAGACAAUUGCUGUACAGUAUUUGUAAGCUCUAUUUUUGUAUAUUGCUAUUUUGGAGAAAAUAAUAUGCAUUUUUUCUUUUUCUUGUUUUUGCUAAUUUCAUCUUUAUUCAUUUUAAGAAAAAUGUUGCAUGUAACUGACUUGAACUGUAAAUAAAAAUCUCCAAGUUUUGGAAACA